AUGGAUGAUGGGUACAAGCAUUUUACCCAUGAUCACAACCUCACCAUGAACCAAGCACAUGAAUCAGUCAAGAUGUCCUGCUCCGCCUGCCACUCCUUGGUCAUUGGGACCAUGUACAAUUGUUGGCAAUGCAACUUCGUGUUGCACGAACAAUGCUUUCAUGCAACCCGGUCACUUCAACACCCGUUACACCCUUCUCAUCCUCUCACCUUAUUACCUCACCCAACUUAUAUUCAGAAUAUGUAUUACUGCAGUCUUUGUGAACUUUCAGGAACAGGAUUAUCCUAUGCAUGUGCGGAUUGUGAGUUUGAUCUUCAUAUGCAUUGCGCUCUGUCCGAUUCUACAGAUACGGAUACUGAAAAUCAUGAUCAAGAAUUGGCGUCCCAAAGUCAACAGAAUUCUUAUGCAACACAAAAUGUUUACCCUCCCAGUGUUCAAAAUCAUAAUCAAUAUUCAAAUAUGCAGGAGGAAAUAGCUAGUCUGGCAAGGGAGAAAGAACGCAUCAGGAUGGACGCACAAAGGCAUGAGAUUCUGAGGGAAAGGUAUCGGUUAGAGGCUAAAAUACGUCAAGACUGCAUAGACCUGAUAUAG